GUUAGUGUGUUGGGGUGGGUCUGUGUGGAUGCCCUGCUUUUGAAUUAAACUAUCAAGCAAAAGCAAGUAAUAAAUAUGGAUGCAUGAUCCUUGCCAUUUCAAACUGCUUCUGACACCUCUUGCCAUUCUUAGACCCUGCUAGAUAUACUGGGAUAUAGUAAGACACUAUCCUGGUCUCCUGUGUCAAAUAUAGCCAACAUACAAACAUUUCAUGUUAUCUCUACUUGGCAUGCAUAGCAGAUAAAGUUCUUUGCACCAGAAUUUCACCAAAUGUACAAGAACCUCACCAAGGGCUGAUUAUGGACCUGCUGGGUUUCCAGAUCCCUCCAGCAAAAGAGAAAGCUGGUACCUGAUACUAUAAAUGGCUUAAAGUUAUCUUAAUGUCUCUAGGUCAUCACCUUUAGGUCAAUUAAGUUUAAAACAGGUGCAGACUCAAAAUCAGUGUCAGAAGUUCCCUUGUGCCCCUUUAUAGAACCAGGUUAAACUAAGACCUUUUUCUAAGGAAAAGGCCACUGGUGGUGAUGUCAAAUCAAUGGCUUUAACCUACAACAGGCCAAAGUGACCAAAAACUUUCAAGAUCAUUUUGAUAUUUGAAAUGAACAGCAGUGUCCAGAACUAAUCUAGGUGGCAUGCUUCUAACAGCAAAAGGACAUGCUGCCUCUGGGGAGCAACUACUACAGAUGUCCAAGACUGGAUGUGAUCCAAGGCUAUCUUUAAUUUCCAUGCCAUAAGCUGCAAUCUCUUCUCAGGCAUGAACCAGCACAUGUGGUACCCAUGUGACGACACUCAUGACGAGGUCCGGGUGGCGAUGCCAGUCUCUCCGGAGAGUCGCGGAGCAUACGAGUUCCGGUCUCUGACCCCAGCAGACAUCGACACUGUGCGAAAGCUAUGCAAGGAAUGGUUCCCCGUGGAGUACCCAGACAGCUGGUUCAGGGAUAUCUGCACCAACAGCAGGUUCUACACACGCGUCGCCACCUAUCAGACCACCAUUAUUGGUUUCAUUGUGGCCGAAGUGAAGAUAUAUGCUCUACUUACGAAAGAGGAGCGGAGCAUGCUGGCAGCCUCCUUCCCUCGUCGCACCCAGAUGGCCUACAUCCUCAGCCUCGGGGUGUCGGCCGAGUAUCGGCGGCGCGGCGUCGCCUCCCAGCUGCUGGGCCUGCUGCUGAACGAGCUGCGCACGGCGGAGCACGCCGACUGCCGCGCCGUCUACCUGCACGUGCUCACUUCCAAUAGCUCGGCGCUGCGCUUCUACGAACGCCACAAGUUCAGGCUGCACACAUUUCUCCCGUACUUCUACAAGAUAGAUGGCAAGUACCGCGACGGGUUUCUGUACGUGUACUACAUCAACGGCGGCCACCCGUCGUACGGCGCGCUCGACUACGUCGUAUACGCCCUCUCGCUGGCGUACGACUUCAGCCCGUGCGCGCUGCUGAAGCACGCGCUGCGCAUGGCGCAGCGGCUAGUCAAGUACGUGGUGCCGCAGGGCAAGCGGGUCACCGAGACCAUCGCCUGCCUGUCGUAAUGGCGGCCAGGCGCGCGCCGCUCCGCCAACCGGCUCGCCCGCCGCCCGGGACUGUUGGCCGCCGCUCAUGCCCGGUGCGGUGGUGACGCGUCGGCUGGGACACCGCGCCAGGGCAGCG